AUGGGUAACAUUAGAAUCGCUAUAGACAGAGGUGGAACAUUCACCGAUUGUAUUGGAAAUCCAGGGACAGGAAAACAAGAAGAUGAUUUCGUGAUUAAGCUAUUGUCGGUUGAUCCACAAAACUAUCCGGAUGCCAACCUAGAAGGAAUAAGAAGGCUUUUGGAGAUAUUUCAGCACAAGAAGAUCCCAAGAGGACAACCGAUAGAUACAUCAGAAAUUGAAUCAUUGCGUAUGGGUACUACAGUUGCCACAAAUGCAUUGCUUGAACGUAAGGGUGAAAGAUGUGCAUUGGUUACCACCAAGGGUUUUAAGGAUGUUCUCGUGAUAGGUACACAGGCACGUCCAGACAUUUUUGAUUUAUCAGUUGCCAAACCUGGCCUUCUAUAUAAUACGGUUGUUGAAAUCGAUGAGAGAGUUACUCUUGAAGAUUUUGUUGAAGAUCCAAAGCAACAGGUGACAAAACCAAACGGAAAAGAUCUGGUCCAGGGUCUUUCUAAAGAAACAAUUCGGAUUCUAAAAGCCCCAAAUAAGGAUGAGGUUAGGUCUAUACUACAGGCAGUUUAUGAUUCCGGAACCAGAUCGAUUGCGAUCUGUCUCAUGCAUUCAUACACGUUCCCAGAUCAUGAGAAAAUUGUGGGCCAGAUUGCCAAAGAGAUUGGCUUCACACAUAUUUCACUUUCUAGCGAGUUGACGCCCAUGAUAAAGUAUGUUGCCAGGGCUAAUUCCUCUGUUGCGGAUGCUUACCUAACUCCUGAAAUCAAGAAAUAUCUACGUGGAUUCGAAUCUGGCCUCAAGGAUGGCAUUCAGAAGAUUGCCUCUGGAAAAACUUCCGGAUUGCGUUGUCAGUUUAUGCAGUCUGAUGGUGGUCUGGUUGAUGCUUCCUCUUUUUCUGGUCUUCGUGCAAUCCUUUCGGGACCUGCUGGAGGUGUUGUUGGCUAUGCUAGAACGUGUUACGAUCCCGAAAAUGGUAUACCAUUGAUUGGUUUCGAUAUGGGUGGUACAUCGACUGAUGUUUCUCGUUUUGGUGAUGGCAAGUUCGAUCACGUUUUUGAAACCACCACCGCUGGUGUCACAAUUCAGUCGCCACAACUUGACAUAAAUACUGUGGCUGCUGGUGGUGGAUCCAUUCUUUCGUACAAAAACGGUUUGAUGCAAGUCGGUCCUGAAUCUGCAUCUUCUCACCCUGGUCCUGCUUGCUACCGUAAAGGAGGCCCUCUAACUGUUACUGAUGCAAAUCUCUUUUUGGGUAGGCUUGUUCCUGAGUUCUUUCCGAAGAUUUUUGGCCCAAACGAGGACCAGGGCUUGGAUUAUGCGAUCACAAAACAAAGGUUUGCGGAGAUCACUUCUGAGAUUAAUUCGUGCAACCCAGAUAUCAAGCCUAUGACUGCGGAGGAAGUUGCCAACGGAUUUCUAUCUGUCGCCUAUGAAAACAUGGCACGUCCCGUGAGACAACUUACUGAGGCAAAAGGUCAUGUUUUAUCCAAGCACAGACUUGUUUCCUUUGGUGGUGCUGGAGGUCAGUGUGCUUUUGCAGUUGCGAAUCUUUUGGGAAUCAACACCAUUCUCAUACAUAAAUACUCCUCUGUUUUGUCUGCGUAUGGUAUGGAGUUAGCUGAUGUGGUGAAAGAAGUUCAGGAACCUGCUUCAUUUACAUUGAACAACGAGUCAAGACCGGACAUCGAGUCUGUUUUCACGCGCUUGAAAGGUGAGGCCAAGUUGUCAUUACAAGCUCAGGGAUUUACAGGUGAUGACGAUAUUGUGUACGAGGAAUAUUUGAACUUGAGAUAUCAGGGAACGGAGUCCGGCAUUAUGGUUCCAAGAGAAGCAGAUAAGGGUUCCUGGGGCUUUAAGGAGACAUUUUGCGACAUGCAUAAGCGUGAGUUUGGAUUUUUGUUUGAUAAGCAGAUUAUUGUCGAUGAUGUUAGGGUUCGUGGUAUAGGAAAGGCAACAAAGAGAGACGAGGAUACUGUUGAUCACCAAAUCAAGGAAUUAAAGGCUAAACACAGUAUAAAGCCAGUUUCUGCCGAUGAAGCAACUAUGGUGAAGGAUGUUUACUGGGAUAAGGGUGGCAGCAAACCAACAAGUAUAUACUACCUUGAUCAUCUUCCAGUGGGAACGGAAGUUCAAGGUCCUGCUAUCAUUGCAGAUGGCACUCAGACUAACCUUAUUCCACCUAAUGGGAAAGCGCUAGUGCUCAAGACCCAUUUGUUCGUUACACUUACUAAAUCAUUGGAAAUGAAGCACGAGAAGAAGCAGACCGAAAAAGAGGCUUCAAAGGAGAUCACAAUUGAGCCAGUUCUACUUUCUAUUUUUUCCCAUAGGUUUAUGGAUAUAGCUGAGCAGAUGGGUAACUCGCUUCAGAAAACUUCCGUCUCUGUUAAUGUGAAGGAAAGGCUUGACUUCUCGUGUGCUCUCUUUGAUUCUGAGGGCAACUUGGUGGCAAAUGCUCCUCAUGUCCCGGUUCAUUUGGGAUCGAUGUCCACGUGUAUUUCGUGUCAGGCCAAACUUUGGAAAGGCCGCUUACAUGAGGGUGAUGUGAUUAUAACUAAUCAUCCUGCUGCAGGAGGAACGCACUUGCCAGAUAUUACUUUGAUUACUCCAGCAUUUGACCACGAAAAAAUCAUAUUUUAUGUCGCUGCUCGUGCACAUCAUGCUGAUAUUGGUGGAUUGCUACCAGGAAGUAUGCCUCCAAAUUCAAAGGAGUUAUGGCAGGAAGGAGCCUGCUUCUACUCCGAGUUGUUGGUUAAAGGAGGUGUAUUCCAAGAAGAAAUGGUUGUGCAGAAGCUUCUUAAGGAUCCAGCUCAACAUGCUGGCUGCUCUGGCUCCAGAAGACUCUCGGACAAUCUUUCUGACCUUAAGGCACAAUUGGCAGCAAACCAGAUGGGUAUUUCUUUGAUUGACAGACUUGUUACCGAGUUUGACCUUCCUACUAUUAUGGGAUACAUGCAUGCCAUUCAAGACAAUGCCGCAGAUACCGUCUCGAGAAUGCUAGACCGUAUAAUUGCCAAGCAUGGAAUUGAAAAUAUCCAUUGCGUCGAUCAUAUGGAUGAUGGUUCUGCGAUCUGCUUGCACUUGAGGAAGAACCAAGAGAACGGAAAGAUAAUCUUUGAUUUCACCGGAACCUCGCCUCAGGCAUACAACAAUUUGAAUGCCCCACAUGCCAUCACAUACUCGGCAAUCAUUUAUUGUUUAAGGUGCAUGGUCGAUGAGGAUAUUCCGUUGAACCAAGGAUGUAUUCGUCCAAUUGAAGUUGUUAUUCCUAAAUCCUCUCUCUUGGAUCCCGACAGUGGUUGUGCCGUUGUUGGAGGAAAUGUCUGCACCUCUCAAAGAGUGACCGAUACAAUUCUUAAGGCAUUUCACGUUAUGGCUGAUUCUCAGGGUUGCUGUAACAACUUUACCUUUGGUAACGAUGGAUUUGGCUAUUACGAAACUAUAGCAGGUGGUCACGGUGCUUCUGCUCAUUGGAGUGGUGUGUCUGGCAUUCAAACAAACAUGACGAAUACUAGAAUUACAGAUGCUGAAGUGUUUGAAAAGAGAUACCCGAUCAUUCUCAGAGACUUCUCGAUUAGAGAGAAUUCUGGUGGGAAUGGACUUUUCAAAGGUGGAAAUGGAGUUCGCCGUGAAAUUGAAUUUCGUAUUCCUGUAAAUGCAUCGAUAUUGUCAGAGAGGCGGGCAAUUGCACCUCAUGGAAUGGAAGGUGGUGAGGAUGGCUCCAGAGGACUGAACUUAUGGAUUAGGAAUGUUGGUGAUAAGAAGCAAGUCAUUAACAUUGGAGGAAAGGCUAGUGUAGACGUUUCAUCUGGUGAUAGAAUUAUCAUACUUACACCUGGAGGAGGUGGCUGGGGAGAACCAUCAGCUCGCACGCCUGAGUCACAACGGAAAAAGGUGGUAUAUCCUGUUGGUGCAGGUUCGCUCUCGAUCAGGAAGAAGCAACAGUAUGAGAAUUAA